AUGUAAAAUUCAGUAAAGAAAUAAGAAUCUCAUGAUUGUAAUGAUUGUUGGUCUGCUCUUCUAUGUGGUUUAGUGGAAAUAUUAAUUAAAACAAAUCAUUAGGAUCAGAUUAAACUAUUAUUACCAUUAACUAAUUAAUUUGCACCUAUUAGAAUUCACAAAACCUAAGAAUUGUUAAAUUAAAUGAUUCGAACACCAAACUUAGCUCUUUUUUACACAUUAGUAAAUUAAGAGGAAUCAUCAUAAAUAAUGAAAAUGCAUAUAUUUGCUUAAUACAAAAUAAUAGCUCCUUAAAUAUGUAAUAAGGAAAUUCUAUAGAAAUUGGGUUAGACUUUUAAAGUUGAUACUAUCUUUUUGACAUACAAUACUUCAAUUUCACUUUCGAACAGUGAGAAUCUACCAUUAGUGUUAAAAAUUGUAUAAUUUUAAAGCCAUUAUACAGUGGAAGUUUAAGAAAAAUAAAGGAGUAGAUCUAAUUCAUUAUAACAUGAUUUUAUUUUAGAAAUGAAGUAAGAAUGUAACGGCUGUUUAAGAUCUUUUGAAUAAGUUGAAUUAAAUAAAUCAAUAGCAUGUAGUCAUACAUAUUGUAAAUAAUGUUUAAAAUUGUAUUUCAAAUUAGGAUAGUAUUUUAUUUGUAGAGAUUUCUAUUGUAAAUUAGAACUUAGUAAAGAUGAUUUCCCAUUUCUUUAAUUAUCACCUUUAAUAGAUCUAUCAGUCUAAGUUAAUAAAUGUCUAUAAUGUAAAUAAUCAAAUACUAAAUUGUAUACAAACAAAUGUGGACAUACUCAUUGUGAAAAUUGCAUUAAAGAUUCUUUAAAUAAAUCUAAAUAUUUUUAAACUCACUUUUGUUUAGAACCCUCAUGCACAGAAAUUAUGAAUAAUGAAUUAAUGAAGAAUAAUAUUAAAGAAAUUGAUGUAAAUCAAUUAUUACAAAGGAGCAACUCAAUUAAAUAGAAAGCAUCUGAUUUUUGUGAUUUUUGCAAUUAAACUUAAGAAUAAGGAGUAAAGAGUUAAUGUGGUCAUUACUAUUGUAAAUCCUGUUUAUAAUCUAAAUAUCAAUCCAUAAUAACUUUUGGUUUAAAUAAAUUAAUUGAGUGUCCUAAAUGCAAUUCAAAAUUCAACAUUGACACAACUCUAGAAGAAUAUUAUUUAUAAUUAUAAUAGUUAUCAACUCCAAGAUUAAAUAAGAUGAGAUCUAUCUCUCAAUAAUAACUAGAAAUAUAAGUCUCUCCAUCUUUGGGUUAGAUUUUAUAUCCAAAAUAGGAUAAUAAUAGUAGAUUAAAGACAAAUGAAGAUGAAUAAAAGAGUUCAUAACUGAAGAGAUAAAAUAGUAUUGAUUUAAAGAAUAUCUAUAAUGGAGGAUCAACUCCUAGAAGAAUUAUUCCUUAAAUAUCAACUAAUAGCAGAGGCAAUUACCCAUAAACUCAAUAAUCAUUGCAAUUCUAAAGGAGGCCUUAAUUCUUUUGAAAAUAUGAUAUAAUUAACAAUAAAG